GGAUUCCGCAAUUACCGCGUUUUGUCUUUAGUCGUCUUCCCCUCCCCUGUAGCAGCGUGACGUUGUCAUGCGAGGUGCACAGGCUUACGCCGGAACGUCCUGACGGCUCGCUUAAAAUAUUUCCAGGACACAUUUUCUCUGAGAGAUAUUGUUAUAGUGAAGGGAUAUUCUGAGAUGCGGUUGGGCUUUUUUUGUUAGCUAAAAGUAGCAUCCAUUAGACAGUCUGUGCCGCUUAAAAUAUUUCCGUGUCGAUAUGUAAUUAACACGGCCGAUUAGAGCGCGUCUGACUUUGGUUCCUCGCUUCUCCCCAUACUCUACUGCACACCCUCCGCUUAACGUUUCCCUGUAGUCCCGAUAAGACUGGGUGCUUUGGCUUUGGUAUCGAAGAAAAGAUGGGAUUGCCUGCGUUGGAGUUUAGCGACUGCUAUUUAGAUAGCCCACAUUUCAGAGAGAGAUUGAAGUCCCACGAACUGGAACUGGACAAGACGAACAAGUUUAUCAAGGAGCUUAUCAAAGACGGCAAAGCGCUGAUUCAAGCACUGAAAAAUCUGUCUACGGCACAGAGGAAGUUUGCUGAAUCGCUGAACGAAUUCAAGUUUCAGUGCAUAGGAGACGCUGAAACGGAUGACGAGAUUUGCAUUGCCAGUUCGCUGCAGGAGUUUGCCGGCGUUCUGCAGAACCUGGAAGACGAGCGGACACGCAUGAUCGACAACGCGAACGAUGUUCUCAUCACGCCCCUCGAGCGGUUCAGGAAGGAGCAGAUCGGAGUUGCAAAGGAGGCGAAGAAAAAAUAUGACAAGGAGACCGAGAAAUAUUGUGCUGUAUUGGAGAAGCACCUCAGCCUGUCGGCCAAGAAGAAGGAAUCACACCUUCACGAAGCAGACAAUCAGGUGGACCAGGUGCGGCAACAUUUCUACGAGGUGUCACUGGAAUAUGUGUUUAAAGUGCAGGAGGUCCAGGAGAGGAAGAUGUUUGAGUUCGUGGAGCCGCUGCUGGCUUUUCUGCAGGGACUGUUCACAUACUAUCACCAUGGCUACGAGCUGGCCAAAGACUUUAACCACUUUAAGACAGACCUCACCAUCAGCAUUCAAAACACGCGGAACCGGUUCGAGAGCACCCGCUCGGAGGUGGAGAGCCUGAUGGGGAAGAUGAAGGAGAACCCUGACGAGCACAAGCGCAUGAGUGCUCACAGUAUGGAGGGCUACCUUUUCAUCUUGGAGAAGCGUUCCUUCGUGUCCACGUGGGUGAAGUACUACGGUACGUACCAGCGGGAGCCCAAGAGAUUCACCAUGGUGCUCUUCGACCAGAAAUCUGGAGGGAAAAUUGGAGAAGAGGAGAGCUUCGUCCUCAAAUCCUGCACCAGGCGGAAAACGGAGUCCAUCGAGAAGAGGUUCUGCUUCGACGUGGAGGCCGUUGACCGGCCUGGCGUGAUAAUAACCAUGCAGGCCCUGUCUGAAGAGGACCGCAGGUUGUGGAUGGAAGCCAUGGACGGGAGGGAGCCGGUGUACAAUUUGAAUCGAGACAGCCAGAAUGAAGCAAUGGCCCAGUUGGAUGUGAUUGGCUUCAAUGUCAUCAAGAAGUUCAUCCAUGCUGUAGAGACAAGAGGCAUUGAUGAGCAGGGACUGUACAGGAUAGUUGGCGUCAGCUCCCGCGUGCAAAAACUGCUGAGCCUAGCGAUGGAUCCCAAGACGUGUGCUGACGUUGAACUGGAUAGCCCCGAGUGGGAGAUCAAAACAAUCACCAGUGCCAUCAAACACUACCUCAGGAUGCUACCAGCACCUCUGAUGACCUACCAGUACCAGAGAAGCUUUAUAAAGGCAGCCAAACUGGACAACCCAGAGGCACGGGUGGAGGAGGUCCACGCCAUUGUGCAUCGCCUCCCUGAGAAGAACCGGCAAAUGCUGGAACUGCUUACCAGGCACUUGGCCAACGUGGCCAGCCACCACCAGCAGAACCUGAUGACGGUAGCCAACCUCGGCGUGGUGUUCGGCCCCACCCUGCUCCGCCCGCAGGAGGAGACUGUGGCUGCCAUCAUGGACAUCAAGUUUCAGAACAUCGUGGUGGAGAUCCUGAUAGAGAACCACGAGAGGAUCUUCAGAGACUCACCAGGCUCUGGAGCAGGACAGGGCAUCUCACAACUCAGCUUGCCCAGGAGACGGAGCGCGGAGACCCGGGCCCCGUCUUGCAGCGAGAGACCGCUCACCCUCUUCCACACCCCUACACACUCAGACAAAGACAAAGCCGCGGUGGACACGAGGAACAGCGUGGUCCUGAACUCCAGUUUUGAAACGCCGCCGGCACUCUCCUCACUGAACUGCAACAACACUCACAACAGGAUCAGUAAUGCCAGCAGUGGAGAAGGAGACCAGGACGGGGCUCUGCUAGCCAGGCCGAGUUAUCCCACAGCCCUUCCAAAUCCGAAAGGCUGUGGCAGUAUCUCAGCAAGCCCCACCUCGCCCCGCUCCCCUUCCUGGCCGAUGUUCUCUGCCCCCUCCAGCCCCCAGCCCACCUCCUCCGGCGAGUCUCCUCCUCUCAGCCCUGCGCCACAGAAAGCCCGGGCACUGUACGCCUGCAAGGCUGAACAUGACUCAGAGCUCUCUUUCUUCGCGGGGACGAUAUUCGAGAAUGUUCAUCCAUCAAGAGAACCAGGCUGGUUGGAGGGCACACUGGACGGGCGAACGGGGUUAAUACCCGAGAACUAUGUGGAAUUUAUGUAGCUCUCAACUGAAAUAUGAACUGCCACCGAGUCAGGAGAGGUCUGAUGAGAGUUGGUGGGAGGCAACCGCGGGUUUCGAGACGGCUGUGAAUCUAAAAUUCAGAGCAAAGAUCAAAUGUUUGUGUUUGUGUGCAUAUGAUUGAUGGCCAGAAUUCUUGGCUGUUCCCCACAACACUUCAUUAUUCUGUGCCUCCCAGAAUGCAAUGUCAUGCUGUAAAGCAUCCUCAAAAGUCAAAUUCAAGGAGAGAAAGUGGUUGAUGUAUAUACACCUAGUCUCAUAUAUCGGGAGCCACUCCCACAGUCAAGCAGCUGAUCGCUUUCCAGGGGGACCUAAACCUGUUCUUUGCUUUCCUUUUUUUUUUUUUUGCUGGUCUCCUCCUGCAGGAACACAGUGAGUGUGUGCACUUGCCGUUUGCCUGCCUUGGCCCACCGCUGGAGGCUGGGUGACCUAUGCUCAGUGUUCCUAAGAAGGUGGAGCUUGUGAAAUGUCCCACCUUCCAUCUAUCACAUCUUCCUAUAUUUAGAGCUACCAAGAGAAACAUGCUAACCGUGGAAAGACCACCUUUAGGGUUCUUGAAUGUGCAUGCUCUUGUAUUUAAGAAACCUCCUCCCCCUCUGAGCAAGUAUGUAAAUAAGGUAAAAUUUAAAAUAAUUCUUAAUGUGAAUCAAACUCUGUAGUGGUAUAUAUGCCACAAUUAUUUAUGAUACAUCCUCUCAGUUGAGGUCUGUGCUCUCCUGGAGUGUAUCAACAUUGUAAAUAAUUGAGAAUAGCUGAUAAGGUCAAAUUUUUAUGUAAAAAUUUAUAUUUUGUACUCUGCCUUACUAACUUAAUUGUCUUUUGGCCUCGCACUUGCUUUUUACAUUAAAAAAAAAAAAAAGCUAUAAAGUUUUUGGAGCUUUCAAUUGCUUUGAAUAUUAAAUGAUGAAUCUGGAUGAGGAUCUUCAGGUCAUUAAAGGUUUAUGAUGAAAUUCUAA